AUGCGUCUGCCGGUGCUUCUCUGUGUGCUGGUGAGUCUGUGUGCCGCACCGGGCCCGGUGGCCGGGGCGGAUAGAAGCUGCUCCGACCUGCGGCAGUUCUACACCGGGAAAGGGUUCACUUCGGAAAGGGUUCCUCAGACUGAGAUCUCCGUGUAUUUCACUGAGCUGCACGGUCGCUCCGAGCGCUCCCUGCAGGAAGUGCUGUCUCCUCUCGGCCCGCUGUACUCCCAGAACAGCCGUCUGUACGGGGAUCUCUACACAGACCUGCGUCAGUACUAUCGGGGCUCUGCUCUCAACCUGGACGAGAACCUCUCCGAGUUCUGGUCCCGCCUUUUGGAGCGCACAUUCAAAGCCUCUGCACCCACAGAUGUCAGCUUAUCAGAGGACUACCUUGAGUGUGUUGCUAAGCAACAGGAGACGCUGCGGCCGUUCGGAGACGUCCCUCGAGACAUGAAGGCGAAGGUGAUCCGGGCGUUUGUCACAGCCAGGUCGUUUGUCCAGGGGCUGUUAGUCAGCGCAGAUGUGGUCAGGAAGGUCUCACAGUACAAACCCUCCCCGACUGCUGGACUCAGACUUGAAAUGCAGGUAUCGGAUCUAUCCAGUAAGCUGAGGGAGAUGCGUCAGUACUGGAUUCAGCUUUCUUUGGCACUAUGUGGCAAACUGGCACCUGGAGGCAACAGUCAGGACAAAUGCUGGAAUGGUAUCACUAAAGCCAGGUACCUUCCAGAAGUGAUGGGCGAUGGUUUGGCCAAUCAGAUCAACAACCCAGAAGUGGAGCUCGACAUCACAAAGCCAGACAUGACCAUCCGGCAGCAGAUCAUGCAGCUCAAAAUUAUGAGCAACAGGCUGAAAAAUGCACUGGAUGGCAAUGAUGUAGACUUCCAGGAUGCAAGUGAUGACAUCAGCGGCUCUGGAAGCGGUAUGUGUGUAGGUGGCCAGUGUCCUCGUAGCAGACCGGGAUUGUAUGCCUACUCGCCGGACAACAACCGAGUCAGAGGCGCGGCCGCGUUCCAAACCGGCUUCUGUAGCCUGCUGCUCCUGCUCCCGGCGACCCUUCUGCUGCUGCUUCAGCGAUGAUGGACCACCGCCGCCUUCGGUCAAGAGUUUGAAGUCAAAGGCAGGGCUGAACCAUGGGAAGGACAAACGGGGGUUCAGCUUGAGGAAGUAACUUUGCCAAAACAAAAAAAAAAACAACAACAAAAAAACCAUUAAAAAAUAAAUAAAGGAGACAUUUGUGGAAUGAGAAGACAUUUUCAUCGACUCAGAAGAGCAAAAACUGAUUGUAUUCUUUAUUUUACUGCGUUUACAUAUGUCUUAGCUUGCUAGCGUGUUUUUGGAAUGAGGACAGACGAAUAAGGGAUGACAAAGAAGACUCUGAUGAAGAUAAUGAUGUCUAAUUGUGUCCAAUCAGCAGGCUGCAGAGGCCUGUGAAAACAUGUUCGGUGCCCUGAUAUACAAACAAGUUUUUUCUGGGUUUUUUUAAUUUAAUUUUUUGUUAUUUCACUACUUGAGUCAGAGUUGUCUACCUUAACAAACAUUGUGUACGCUGUAAAUGUUCGUGUACAUUAGCUUAAAGGCUGGCACCAUAUCGAGUCAUGAAUGUACAGUAUAAUACUCUACUGGCGAUGAAUUCCCCGUAAUCUGUGAUGUCGUCGUCCAGAAGCCUUGGUGUCACUGCUUUAAGCGGACAGACUCGGUGGGAUUUGUUCGAAAUAUUGCAGAUAACUGAUCACAACCCUGUCAUGUAUCAGAUGUGCUGUACUGUAAACCCAACAAUUUCAAAUUGGCUUUCAGAAGAAAGCUGAAACAACCACUUCUUGUUUUUUUAAUAACAACUCAUGAUCUCUGUGAAGAAGUGAGCAGCCUCGUUGACGCUCUUAGACUCAAGCACACACAAGCAGUUUCCUUAAGUUCUGUUUUGUGAAGACAGGAGAAUGCGCACGAUUGUUACACAUCUGUUUGCAGUAAACACACACAUACACACACACAAAACUCCACAGAGAAGAUAAAGUCCAGAGAGGACCAUUUGGGGAAUGCUCGCCUGUGUUGAGGCUGAUGUACGGUCGAUCAAACCAAAGCUUAUUACACACACGUGAGAACCCUUCACCAGGUUUUAUACUCCAUACGCACCAGAAAGAAAAGAAAAGGUUUAAAGUUCCUGCAACUUUUGUACAUACAGGAUAUUUGUGAAAUAGUGUGUGCAUUAGCCUGGUGAUCAUUUACUUGGCAUGCCUGUCUUCAAGCUGCAGCACCAUACUGCUACAUAUGGAACUUCUGAUUCACGCAAAUGUGUUACACACACACACACAUUUUUCACUCUGUGUAUUGAGCCGGGUUUUUUUAUACAUCAGUGUAUCGAGUCACACAUUUCAUUCAUUAAACUCUGUUUGAUUGUA